AUGGGCUGCGUCUCCUCAAAACACAUCAAGAAAGACCUCAAGCAACAAGUCACUUUCAACAAUGGCGGCGGCGGCGGUUACAUAAACCAUGUGGUUUCUCUCACUUCCACCACCUACGGAGCACUCAGGUUGGACAAAGACCAUUCCAUCGUCACAGAAUGUGUUGCAGUUGCAGAAUCCAAGCCAUCCCCUCCUCGUCGUCGCGAAGAACCAGAGGUCAUCAAUGCUUGGGAACUCAUGGAGGGUCUCGAAGAUGGAGUGCCCAUUUCAAACCAGCCAAAGAAAAGCCCAAAGUCCAGUCCUUUUCUUCGUGGGUUUAUAGCUACUGACCCCAGAAGUCCCUUGAAGUUCCUCAAUCAAUUUGGAUCCCCCAAGUCCCUGAAGAAGUUCACAGGGAAGGAGAACAAACUUCAACUUAAUGUCGUCAGAGGAGGCAUGAGACGCUUGGAUUAUAGUCCCAAGGGAAUUCUCAAACCCACCAAAUUUUCUCCUAAUUCAUGUAAGAAUAGAAGGAACAGUUUUGGGAGUGACACUGGUUGUUCCUUGAGGAGGAGUCCUACUCCUCUGUUUGAUCCGGAGCUUCUUGCUUCCUAUGAAAAGGAACUCUCUGAAGAAGAAGAACAGAUCAAGAGAAUGGUUUGGGCUACGCCGAAAACCCGAAGAGCCAGAAAAUCUCUGGACUCACAAUCCCUUAUUCACAUGUUUGAGAACAAGUGCCCUCCGGGAGGGGAAAAUUGUGUUGUCAUUUACACGACCACGUUACGAGGAAUCAGAAAGACGUUCGAGGACUGUAAUAAAGUUCGAUCCAUUAUUGAAUCGCAUUGUGUGCACAUGGUUGAGCGUGAUGUGUCUAUGGAUUCAGGGUUCAAGGAGGAGUUGCGGAAGCUAAUGGGGACGAAACAAGUUAACGUUCCCGUUGUGUUUGUGAAGGGAAGGUUGGUUGGAGGAGCUGAUGAAGUUUUGAAAUUGGAAGAAGAGGAAAAAUUGGGUGUUCUCUUUGAUGGAAUCCCGAGGGCAUUAGGUGGGUGUGAAACGUGUGCCGGUGUGAGGUUUGUGAUGUGCAUGAAAUGUAAUGGAAGCUGUAAGGUUUUGGAUGAGGAGCACAAGAAAACGGUGAGGUGUGGUCACUGUAACGAGAAUGGAAUAGUUCAGUGUCCUAUCUGUUGUUAAGGUUGUUGA